AUGGCGUCUCAGCCGCUGCACCAGAGCCCGCCCAAGAGGCCGCGCCUGUCGCUCAAGAUCAACACCUCCAGCCCCUCCGUCGCCAGCAGGCCGACAAGAGGCUUCCAAGUCGACCCUACCGACCGCACCGCUUGCAACACCUUGUCCAACGUCUACGCAACUGCCAUUGAGAGAUCUACGCCAGUCCAAGCAGAGCCCCUCACAGCCAUCAACACGCUACAGUGCCUGUCGUUGAAGACACCAGUUGUGUCUCGAGGCCCCAAGCUGACGCUCAAGACUCCCAUCAAAACUCCAUAUGUCGCCGAUUUUCCAGCGACACCUACCACGGACACAUCAGGCUCGCCGCCGCAGCAGAUGGAGAUUGCCUUUCCCAGCACCAUGACGCCAACACCUCCCAUGUCUGCUGGCGCCGUUGACUCCAACGGACCCAAAGCCUUUUCUUUCUCACCCAAGGACCUCUCUUCUAGAGCCAGGGGAUAUACGGUGGCCUCUCCUUGCUCUCCCGUCGAGCCUCUUCUUUCUAGACGGCACAUCAUCCCGUUCAAUACUGGUGCUCCGGCACCUUAUACUCACCCUCACACUCUCCACAGCAUCUUGCGAAACUCUCCUCUUCCUCCCAGGACGGCCAUCCCCCCUUCACCGAGGCGGCAGUCCUUGAGAUUGCAAGAAAGAGCCGCAAAGCGAGUGGGCUACAACAACCCUCUAACCCAGACCAUCAUCACCAACAAGUACACAAAGUCACACAUCGAUCUUCUCGUCGAGGAGGCUUCACCUGCCUCGCCGUCAUUUUCGCCCAUCGGACUCGACAGGGGGAUCAACCUGAAGCAGGCAUUCUCGCCCAACGAAAUCGAAAAUGGGGGCCAGACGCCAGGCCCCUUUGAGGACAUGCGACGCAAGCUUGCGGCUUUGAGUGGCAGUGCAACAUCUUCGCCCUCGACAACGCCCGGCGGCAGCAGCAGCAGCAACGGAGGCAUCCGCAAACGCAAGCGCAAGGAGAAAAAACGCCAGUGGGUCUGGACAAUUGGCGUGGCCGACGAGGAAGAGGAAGAUGACGAACGCGUCGGCGGCGCAAUCGCUACUUCGAGGGCUGAGGCAUCUGCCUCUGCAAGGGCCAGGGCCAAGAUGCCCAGCAGCAGCGGCCACGACGAUGAGGCUGUGCCCAGGGCCGCGGUGGAGGUGCCCGAUAUCCAGAUGGUGCCUGACACACCGACGGCAAGCAUCGAGAGCAGUGCCGAUUCGGCCAUUGACAUUGACAUGUCUGACGCUAGCAGCGUCAUUUCGGAAGAUUUCCAGGGCUUCUCUGGGCCUUCCCUGGGAUAUGAUCUCGACAUGAAGACGCCGACGGAGCCCAGGGCGCAGUGCAAUAAGCGGAAACGGGAUACGCCCAUUCCAGAGCUAGCUGAGGCGCAGGACGCAUCCGUAAGCGUGAGCUAG